AUGACGACCUCAAACGGAUUGCGCGACGAUAGCAAAGAAACAGCGGUAACUGGGCAUGCUAAUGGCGACUGGAUAAUCGCCUGGUAUGGCGCACUGGUUCGUUGCUGGGGGAGGAGGCGAGCUGGGGUUGGUUCUACGACUGGCUGCGAUGGAGAUUGGAGGAGAAAGGGUGGUUGUUUGGGCAGUGAGGGAGUGGGGUCGAGGGAUAGUGACGACGGGAAGCAACAGCAGUUGUUGUUUGAUAGAAGUUGGGGCGUGGGGGUCGUGCUGGUUCAGCUGGUAGCGGGCAGCAAUGGUGGUAGACGACCGGAGCUGGGCGUCGGUCGACGGGCAGUGACGACGCAGCAGCAACAGCUGCUGCUCGACGGAUUUAAUGGAGGAUCGCCGGAAAAUGGUUUGAUGGAGCUAGGAGGAGGAGGAGUGGUCGUGAGGCUGUGUAGUAAAGUGGCUGCAAAAGUAGAAUACAGUUGCUUCAUCGGUGGGCUCACAUGGGCUACCACCGAUAGAACCUUAGCUGAUACUUUCGGUACAUACGGCGAAGUUCUCGACUCGAAGAUCAUUAAUGACAGAGAAACUGGCAGAUCUAGAGGAUUUGGCUUUGUUACCUUUAAGGAUGAGAAAUGCAUGAGGGAUGCAAUCGAAGGGAUGAACGGUCAGGAACUUGACGACCGUAACAUUACCGUUAACGAAGCUCAGGCUCGUGGAAGUGGAGGCGGCGGUGGUGGUUACGGAGGUGGCUGACGUGAAGG